GGCUUUUGUUGGGACUUGGAAGGCCUCACCUCUCUCCUGAAGAGAGACGGCCGUCAUUGCCGAUUCCCUCUCUUUUUAUUCACCCUGGGCCCACACCGCCCGGUAUCUCUCCCAGUGUCUCCCGUCGCCUCGCUCAGCAAGCAUCACAAUCGUCUUUCCCUCCUGCUCGUCGUCGCGAUCUCUUGCGCCGCAAGAGACUUCAAAGUCUAAAUGAUCCUUUAGCCGCGAAACUUGUCGUAAAUUACAAUACAAACCGUCCUCUCCUCACAUACGGUGUGCAAUUAUGGAUAUCUCGUGGGCCAUCUGCGUCUGGAUAUGCGUCAUUGGAGCCGCACACGCAAAUGUGAAGAGUAAAGUCAAAUGUCGACACGAACUGAUGGAAGUGGAUAUUAUCAGGACUAGUCCUCAAGCAAGGAUAUAUCUUCAUCACUUGAAAAAUUAUCCAGAUGAAGGAUGCCAACCUCAAAUAAAGAAGGGAAUAGCAACGUUUAGAUUAUCCAUUCUGGACCGAGACCUUUCCCGCUGUGGUAUGACCCGUGUCCUCAAUAAACUGACGGGUCAGAAGGUGUACUACCACCAAAUCGUCGUGGAGGAACCCUCAGAUUCCAGCAAGCAUACACUGACGGUGAAGUGCGUCAUCACUGAAGUGGCCGUUCAACCUGGCAUCAAUUUCGGAAAUUACACAUUCAUCCCAUCGAAUCACAGCGUCGUGCGGAGGAACGUUCUCCCAGCGGGAUUCCAAGAGGAGGAACACAUUACUGACGCAGCUUCCAUAACGCAAUCAGCGCCUUCGCCCGAAUUAGGAAUCGGCGUCAGACAGAAUGGCGUAUUAGUGACUGGCGAACUGAGUGUCAGUCCUGGAACUCCUCUUCAAAUGGAAAUUUAUCUCAAACCUGAUUCAGCGCCAACCUACGGCCUCUUAGUGACUCAUAUGCAAGUCAGGGACAAAAUUGAUAAUGCCACUCAAGAGGAGGCAAUUAUCUUCAAUGGUUGUUCGGUGGAUCCGUACCUCUUCGAAAACUUCAACACGGUCGACGGGGACUUCUUAACAGCCAAAUUCCGCGCUUUCAAAUUUCCCGACAGCAACUACGUGCAGUUCCGCGGUACCGUUAACGUGUGUCUGGACAAAUGCGACGGGGUCGAGUGCAGCAACGGCCAAAUUGGCUACGGCAGGAGAAGACGCUCCAUUAAAUCGUCCAAGAAUCAGAAUCAAUUAUACGAAGUAACAAUGUCGACGUUCGUGAGAGUGGGCGAGGGCAGUGCGGAAUAUUCGGAGUUCAUCGUCAAGGGGCGCAGCAAUCGAACUGGAGAGGAGCAAUCAGUAAUUACCGAGGAGGUUAGGGAGAAGUUCCAGUACAAGGUCUCGGAGGUGGCGACCAAUGGCUCGAGUGUCAAGAAAAUGGUACACUCGAUCCUUCUCGUCUGCAUUUACACGAUUUUGUUAACAUAGAGAUAACACAUCGAAACUAAUUGUAUGCUACUUGUAAUAUUUUAAGUAGGACGUUCCUGCUGAAAACUACGGAGGUAAGAAAGAAGAAAGAAAAAAAGGCUUUGAAAGAAAGGCCUUUGAAGAAAAGAGCAGAAAUUCGAUAAUCGCAAAAACUAUAAACGAACUGAAAAUCUUUCGAACCACGAGCGUCCUAUGAAAUUAAGCCUCUUAUGUGAUACUAAAACUUUAAAAAAAACAACAACUUCCUAGCGAGUCGAAAUUCCCGGAUGGAACAUUUCACCGCGUCGCGAUUGUCAAUAAUCGAGUCAAACCGAAAAUUGGCCUUUGCGAGUGGAGAAAACCUAGUCGUAAUAUCAGGCGACUUAAGUUAGCGUAAUGCCGUGAAGAUGUAACUCAGUUAACAAGGGCAAUUCACGACAUUGAAUUCGAUAUUCGAUCUUACUCUACCAUUUUCGUACAAUUAAAUAUUUUCAGUAGCCGAAAAAUGGGCAAGAAAUCAAGUACGAUUAGAAUAUUGCGCUUUUCCCUUGUAAGACAUUAACCUGUAAAAUAAUUCGACUAAGUAGAAGCGCCGAAAUGGAUUCGCUCAAUUACUUGUAAUAUUCCAUCGUAAUUGUAUAUAUUAUAAUCUCGCUUAGACUAUUUAAUUCUUAGAGUAAAUUAUCAGCGUCGAAUAUUGUAAAUCGGUACAGAAAUCGGUAGAUUUCUUUCCAAUUUUAAGUAUAACCCUGUAGACGCGUAAUAGUUCCCAAAACAGAGCUUUGCUUCUGAUCGAGAGAAUAUCAAAGAUGCAUAAUUGCUUGUAAACGUAAUUUUAAGGUGUCAAAAAAGCAAAAAUUGUCUUCCGUUAAAAUGUAUAUUUCUGGAAUGUUCCAAAUCGAAUAUAAAAAAUAUAAAUCUUUGUCAAACUUGUAACAAAGUAACAGCCGUCGCACUUAUAGAUGCGAAAAUAUAUAUAUAUAUAUUAUAGAAAA